AUUUUUUGUGUGGAGACUAGGUCUCACUCUAUUGCCCAGACUGGUCUCGAAUUCCCAAGCUGAAGUGAUCUGCCCACCUUGGCCUCCCAAAAUCCUGGGAUUACAGGCAUGAGUCACUGCACUGGCCUCAAGUGAAUUUUGUUACAUGCAUAGAUUGCUAUUUGGACAACUAUAAGAGGAUUAAGUUUCAUUGGUAUCUCUGAAAGGCUGUAAACAGUAGCCAUAUAAAUGGUAAGGAAUUACCAGGUACUUCCACUUUCCAUGUCUUAAAUCACAAAAUAAAAUUAGUGGCACCGCAGGCAAUCUGGUCUGUCCACUUAUAACUGUCAUUCACCUUGACUGAGGGUAUUCUGUAGCAUUCAUCAUCAUUUGUCACAAUAGCUUUAUUAUUUAUUUAUUUAUUCUGAGACAGAGUUUUGCUCUUGUUGCCCAGGCUGGAGUGCAAUGGCUCAAUCUUGGCUCACUGCAACCUCCGUUUCCCAGGUUCAAGUGAUUCUCCUGCCUCAGCCUCCCCAGUAGCAGGGGUUACAGGCGUGAGCCACAGCGCCUGGUCAGCUUGUCACAAUAGCUUUAUUAUGUCUUAAGUUUUGCUUAAUGCUGCAACCUCCUGGACUCUGCAGCUAUUCAGCUGCUGUUGCUUUGAGUAUCUUCUAGUUUUGGGAAUGCACCAAACUCAUUCACCACAGGGCCUUUGGCAUAGGUUGUGUCCUUGGCCUGCACAGGCAGCCCCUCACCCUCGGGCCUCUCCUGCCUCUCUUGCCAGGCAUCUCCCACACGUGCUGCUAUUUCCCAUUUACUUGUGCCUUCCCUUAGGAGGACAAGGAUGGGGUCAGUUUUGUUCAUCAUCUCAGUUCCCCCACCAACUUUUCCCCCCAGCACGCAGCCUGGCAGUCAAUGCUGAUUUGGGAGAAUGAACAACUGAUUCUGUCGGUUGAACGUUUAUUUUAUAUUUUAUUAUUUCAUUUACUUAUUUAUUUUCGAUACGGAGUCUCACUUUGUCGCCCAGGCUGGAGUGCAGUGGCGCGAUCUUGCCUCACUGCAACCUCUGCCUCCCGGGUUCAAGCAAUUCUCUGUCUCAGCCUCCCAAGUAGCUGGGAUUACAGGCAUCUGCCACCAUGCUUGGCUAAUUUUUGUAUUUUUAGUAGAGAUGGGGUUUCACCAUGUUAGCCAGGCUGGUCUCGAACUCCUGACCUUGUGAUCCACCUGCCUCGGCCUCCCAAAGUGCUGGGAUUACAGGCGUGAGCCACUGCGCCCGGCCAGCUAUUUAUUUUUUUGAGACGUAGUCUUGCUCUGUCGCCCAGGCUGGAGUGCAAUGGCACCAUCUCAGCUCACUGCAACCUCUGCCUCCCGGGUUUAAGCGAUUCUCCUGCUUCAGCCUGUAGCUGGGAUUACAGGCGUUACAGGUGCCCGCCACCAUGCCUGGCUAAUUUUUGUAUUUUUCAGUAGAGACAGGGUUUCACCACGCUGAUCAGGCUGGUCUCAAACUCCUGACUUCAGGUGAUCCACCCGCCUCGGACUCCCAAAGUGUUGGGAUUACAGGCGUGAGCCACGGCGCCCGGCCUAUUUUAUUUUGAGACGGAGUCUUGUUCUGUCGCCCAGGCUGCAGUGCAGUGGUGCAAUCUCGGCUUACUGCAACCUCUGCCUCCCGGGUUCAAGCGAUUCUCCUGCCUCAGCCUCCCAAGUAGCUGGGAUUACAGGCGCUCGCCACCAUGCCUGGCUAAUUUUUGUAUAUGUAUAUUUUUUGAGACGGAGUCUCCCUCUGUCGCCCAGGCUAGAGUGCAGUGGUGCGAUCUCGGCUCACUGCAAGCUCCGCCUCCCGGGUUCACGCCAUUCUCCUGGCUCAGUCUCCGGAGUAGCUUGGACUACAGGCGCCCGCCACUACGCCGGGCUAAUUUUUUUGUAUUUUUAGUAGAGACGGGGUUUCACCAUGUUGGCAAGGAUGGUCUCGAACUCCUGGCCUCAAGUGAUCCGCCCUCCUCGGCCUCCCAAAGUGCUGGGAUUACAAGCGUGAGCCACUGCGCCCAGAAUUUUAUUUUAUUUUCGAGAAGGGGUCUGCUCUGUCAUCUAGGCUGGAGUGCGGUGGCAUGAUCUCGGCUCACUGCAACCUCUGCCUCCCCGGUUCAAGCGAUUCUCCUGCUUCAGCCUCUCGAGUUGCUGGGAUUACAGGCGCGCGCCAUCACAACCGGCUAAUUUUUUUUGUAGAGACGGGAUUUCACAAUGCUGGCCAGGCUGAUCUCGAACUUCUGACCUCAGGUGAUCCGCCCGCCUCGGCCUCCCAAGGUGCUGGGAUUACAAGUGUGAGCCACCGCCCGCGGCCGGUAGAACAUCUGAAGCUUCUAAAGCGAACUCUAAGGUUUCAUUGGCACGAGGGGGCUCGAACCAGGUCAGGCUUCCAGGCGUCAGUGCUCAGUGCUUGGCAUCUACUGAUAGAAACCAGGAAUGAGGGGCUGGAGGCGGAAACAGCUUGAAGAAAGAGGUAGAGGCCAGGGAGUGAGGACGGUGUCUCCUUUUCCUGGAAGUUGGUAAUUCAGGCAGAAGGAAGUUGGAUGAGCUUGCAGAACAUCCGAGGGGCCAGUCGGCCCUGCUCCCGCCUCCACCGCGGAGGCACGGCCCCUUUAAAGCUCCCGGAAACGGUCCCACAGGACCGGAAGUGACCCUUUUAUUUCCCUUCCUCACGUGGUGCAGGCAGGAAGUGACGCGCGUGGCCCGGGAGCUGCGGACGCAGAGGCCGACGGAGCCGGAGUCGCGGACGCCGCGGGGUCUCCGGGACAGGAACCUUCAGUGCUGCGUCUAGAUUCUGCAGGGGAGGUUUGCUGGGACCUUGGCCCUACCCAGCCAGCGAAAUGGCAGCCACACUCGAUUUGAAAUCAAAGGAGGAGAAGGAUGCUGAGUUGGACAAGAGGAUCGAGGCUCUUCGGCGGAAGAAUGAGGCCCUCAUCCGGCGCUACCAGGAGAUUGAGGAAGAUCGUAAGAAAGCUGAACUUGAGGGAGUUGCGGUCACAGCUCCCCGAAAGGGCCGCUCAGUGGAGAAGGAGAACGUGGCAGUGGAGUCGGAGAAGAACCUGGGUCCUUCCCGGAGGUCUCCUGGGACCCCUCGGCCCCCAGGGGCCAGCAAGGGGGGCCGGACUCCUCCACAGCAGGGAGGCCGGGCCGGCAUGGGCCGAGCAUCGCGCAGCUGGGAGGGCAGUCCCGGGGAGCAGCCUCGAGGAGGAGGAGCUGGGGGCCGUGGCCGGAGGGGCCGGGGCCGGGGUUCCCCUCACCUCUCUGGAGCUGGAGACACCUCAAUCUCUGACCGUAAAUCCAAGGAGUGGGAGGAGCGGCGCAGGCAGAACAUUGAGAAGAUGAAUGAGGAGAUGGAGAAGAUCGCCGAGUAUGAGCGCAACCAGCGGGAAGGGGUUCUCGAACCCAACCCAGUGCGGAACUUCCUGGACGACCCCCGACGACGCAGCGGGCCCCUGGAGGAGUCUGAGCGGGACCGCCGGGAGGACAGCCGCCGGCAUGGCCGCAACUGGGGGGGCCCCGACUUCGAGCGGGUGCGCUGUGGCCUUGAGCACGAGCGGCAGGGCCGCCGAGCUGGCAUGGGCAGUGCUGGAGACAUGACGUUGUCCAUGACGGGCCGGGAGCGGUCGGAGUACCUGCGCUGGAAGCAGGAGAGGGAGAAGAUCGACCAGGAGCGGCUGCAGAGGCACCGUAAGCCCACUGGCCAGUGGCGGCGCGAGUGGGAUGCCGAGAAGACCGAUGGGAUCUGCCCGGUCACCCAUUAUCUUUCCCCCAGGUUCAAGGAUGGCCCAGUCCCUGCCCACGAACCAUCCCACCGCUAUGAUGACCAGGCCUGGGCCCGGCCCCCGAAGCCCCCUACUUUUGGGGAGUUCCUGUCCCAGCACAAAGCUGAGGCCAGCAGCCGCAGAAGGAGAAAGAGCAGUCGGCCCCAGGCCAAGGCAGCGCCCCGGGCCUACAGUGACCAUGAUGACCGCUGGGAGACAAAAGAAGGGGCAGCAUCCCCAGCCCCUGAGGCUCCACAGCCUAAUUCCCCUGAGGCUUCCCCCAAGGAGACACCCACGCAGCCACCCGAGAUCCCAGCUCCUGCCCACCGGCCUCCGGAAGAUGAGGGGGAAGAGAAUGAGGGGGAAGAGGAUGAAGAAUGGGAGGACAUAAGUGAAGAUGAGGAGGAGGAGAUCGAGGCGGAAGAAGGUGACGAGGAGGAGGAACCAGCCCAAGACCACCAUGCCCCAGAGCCUGCCCCCACCGAGAGCCCCUGCAGUGAGCAGGCCCACGGAGUCCCCUUCAGUCCGGAGAAGCCCCUGCCGGAGCCCCAGGCCCCUGGCACACCUUCCAGCCCUUUCUCACCACCCAGUGGCCACCAGCCCGUGUCCGACUGGGGCGAAGAGGUGGAGCUGAAUUCUCCCCGGACCACCCACCCAGCUGGCGCCUUCUCUCUGGGAGGUGGCCAGUCAGCCCCUGCCUCCCCGGAGAGUGGGCCCAGCCUCCGAGGAACCCAGAAAGUUGAAGAGGAAGGGUCUGAGGCAACUCCAGAGGCAGGCCCCGAAGGCCAGGAGACGGCGGAGAUCACCGACUUCCAGAGGGUGCGUUUCUGCAAGGUGGUGGCGGCCCCUCCGCCUCCGGGGGCCGCUCGCUGACCGCGCCCGCCAGACCGCGGCCUCCGCGCUCUGCACUAACCUCCCACCGCCUCGCUCCUCUGUCCUUUGCUUCUGCCACACUCCAGCCAGGAGAGGGUUAAAUCUAAGGGGGGAGGAGCCAGGGUCUGCAAGCCGGGCGGGGCCAGGGCAGUAGUCGGUGCAGGCCCCACCUACAGGGGACGUCGCGGCACUGGGACAGCUGGGACGCUGCCGCGCUAGUCUCCCAUGGAGGCCCUGGGCGGCUUGGGCCAGUCUUCGGGCCGAACCUUCCGCCUCCAGGAUUGCAUCCGAGGCCUGGCAGCCGAUGACUCCUCCGAAGGGCUUGAAUUACUCGGGCGCCAGCCCUGUCGUAUUAAACGCAGUGCUUCCGCUCA